AUGGUUGAGCCAUCAGUCCGCGACGCACUCGCCACAUUUGCUGCGGAGCGCGAUUGGGGGCAAUUCCACACCCCAGAGAACCUCGCUAAGAGUAUAGCCAUUGAAGCGGGCGAACCUGCUGUUGCAACAUGGAGGUCCCAAGAUGACAAACAUGGGAAUUGGCCUGUCGUGUAUGUGUUAGACAACGAUAACCGCCCGGGUGGGAGGAACUCAAAUAAUGUAUUGAGAGAUAUCUACGUCGGAGAAUCUCUCAACGCGGUGGGUCGAUUACGCCAACACCUCGAAUCACCAGCGAAAAAACAUCUGACGAACGUCCGGGUCAUCCUGCACGAGAAAUACAACAAGUCGGUUUGUCUAGACUUGGAGUCCUAUCUUAUCAGAAUGAUGGCUGGUGAUGGCGCCAAUCAAGUGCUCAAUCGAAACAACGGCAUCACCGACGCACAAUACUACCAGAGGGAAGCAUAUCGCGCGGGGUUUCGAGCUGUGUUCGACCAACUCAGAUCUGAUGGGGUCUUCACGCGAAGUAUUCCGGAAAUCGAGAACAGCAGCCUCUUCAAGCUAUCUCCUUACAAAGCGCUAACGGAAGAUCAAGCAAAUUCCGUCGAAGAGAUUCUCACGAAGUUCUUCAUCGACCUCUCGACGGGCAGGAGAGGCGCAAUUGUGAUCCAGGGCGAUCCAGGCACCGGCAAGACCGUCGUUGCUAUAUACUUAAUUAAGCUCCUUGUCGACAUUGCAGCACUCAACUCGCUCGAAGAUCUCGACAGCGACUCGCGGUUUUCCGAAUUCUUCACUGCAAUCAACCAAAGUCUCCUUCAAAAUUGCAGAAUCGGGUUGGUCGUACCGCAGCAGUCGUUGCGCGGCACCAUCAAAGAUGUUUUUCGAAAGACGCGCGGGCUCCACCCGGACAUGGUUAUGACACCAUUCCAAGUAGGAGAAGCAGAUGAGGUUUUUGAUAUGCUAAUAGUUGACGAGACUCAUCGGCUCAAUCAACGCGCUAAUCAACCGUCAGGAGUGCUCAAUGGAAAGUUUACAACUAUCACAAGGGAGCUAUUCGGCAGCGACGACUUCAGUAAGACCCAGCUUGAUUGGAUCCUGGCAAAGAGUCGGCAGCAAAUUUUCCUUUUGGACGCAAUGCAGAGCGUUCGACCGGCUGAUCUUCCACAAGAGCUGCUUUCAGAUCUCGUUGCGGAUACUCGUGCAACAGGCCGGCAUUUCCAGCUCCGCACCCAAAUGCGUGUACAAGCGGGCUCAGAUUUUGUGUCUUACAUUCGCUGGAUCCUUGAUCCUAACCCUCUCUCCGUUCCGCGAUCGCGACUGAGUUUUGGAGAAUAUGAUUUCCGAGCCUUCGACACCGUUGAAGAAAUGCGAGAUGAGAUUUUCCAACGCAACGCUGAAGCGGGACUUUCACGCAUGGUUGCUGGCUACGCUUGGGAGUGGAAGACUCAGAAGGACAAGACGGCUUUUGAUAUUGAAAUUGGCGAUACAAGACUUCGCUGGAACAGUACGCCAACGGAUUGGGUUUCUUCUGAAAACGCGCUGCAGGAAGUUGGGUCUGUUCACACGGUUCAGGGUUACGAUUUAAAUUAUGUUGGUGUCAUUAUUGGUCUGGAAUUGCGCUUCGAUCCGCUUCGAAGGCGGCUUUAUAUCGAUCGCGACUCGUACUUUGACAAAAAGGGCAAGGAAAAUAAUCGGGCGCUCGGUAGGACCUACUCGGAUGACGACUUGCUGCGGUUCAUAACCCAGAUCUACGCAGUGCUCUUGACACGAGGGAUUCGGGGCACAUACGUUUAUGCAUGCGAUCCUGGCUUGAGAGCAUAUCUUUCGGACUUCAUCCCAUCCAGUUCUGGGAAUCCCGUAAAUUCAGCUCUCAACCCAAACAAUCACACAAUUUUCUAA